CCUAGACCUGGUUGCUCUUCUGCCAUCUUCCCACCCCUGCAUGUUUAGGAAGCGAAUGCCAGCUUUCAGGAUGGCUCAGCUUUCUAGAACAGUGCUUCGGAAAAAACUACGGUUAUCUGAGUCAAAGGCCAGCCAGAGCCAGCCCGAGUCGGAUUCCUUAGGGGAUCACCCACUUGCCUCACCCAGGAGUCCUGCUCCAGAGUACAGUAUCUAUUUCACUCGCCAUACCAGCAACAGUUCCCGGCUGGGACCUGAGUUUUUUGACCAGCCUGCAGUCACCCUGGCCCGGGCCUUUCUUGGACAGAUUCUGGUCCGGAGAUUACCUGAUGGCGCUGAAGUUCGAGGCCGGGUGGUGGAAACCGAGGCAUACUUGGGAGCCGAGGAUGAGGCAGCGCACUCAAGGGGAGGGAGGCAGACACCCCGCAACAAAGGCAUGUUCAUGAAGCCGGGGACCCUGUACGUGUACAUCGUCUACGGGAUGUACUUCUGCAUGAACGUCUCCAGCCAAGGUGAAGGGGCAUGCAUCCUUCUCCGUUCCCUGGAGCCAGUGGAAGGCCUGGAGAUGAUGCGGCAGCUUCGUAAUGCCCACCGAAAAGGAGCUGCCAGGGCCCUCAAGGACCGGGAACUUUGCAAUGGCCCCUCUAAGCUAUGUCAAGCCCUGGCCAUUGACAAAAGCUUUGACCAGAGGGACCUGGCAGAAGAGGAGGCCAUUUGGCUGGAGCAGGGUCCUGAAAGGCCAGGGGAACAUACUGUGGUGGCGGCACCCAGGAUUGGUAUCAACUAUGCUGGAGAGUGGGCCCUAAAGCCACUCAGAUUCUACAUCCAAGGCAACCCUUACGUCAGUGUGGUAGAUCGAAAGGUAGAACAGGAAAUGCAGGCCAGUGGCUAGGGCCCAGCUAGGGAAGCCGAGCUGCUGCUUCUGCUGCUGCUGGUGGUGGUAGUGAAUUCAGCACUUGCAAGCUGAGCCCCUGUUGUGUCAAGGUCAUGGCUUGACUAGGCUACAGCAAAGAUUUUUAAAGGUUUAGAAAAAUAAAUUCUUGUUUCCACAAAACAAUGUUAGGGGAGUCAUGUA